AUGAACUCCACGCAAUUCAAUGAGGAGCUGGCGCAUGCACUGCACUCCAUCUGGACACCGGAGACCUAUAGGUCGUUCUACGACGAAGCCUACUGCCUUACCAACAAUGUCACGCUCAAGUCACGGUCCAAUGCCGAAGAGUCUUUCAACUACUGCUCCGUCCCACUCGAGGACCAAGACUCCAUCCUCUUCCUGGCCCUGGCGGUGCUCUUCACCGCCGGCUUGUCUGGGAAAUUGGCCCUGACAGGCGUGCUGGUGGCGGGGGGCGUGCUCGGGGUAGUAAACUAUUACGUAAACCUGGGCCACCUUGGCAACGCGGUCAGCAUCUGGCUGGGCAUCCAGCCGCCAGACCUCUUCCUCUACGUCUUCCUGCCGCCCCUGCUGGCCGAUGCUGCGCUGCGCAUCAGGUUCUCCCUCUUUCGCAAGGUCGCGCUCAACAUCGGCAUCCUGGCCUACGCCAUGGUCAUCCUGAACGUGCUGGUGCUGACCCCCUUUGUCCUGCAUGCCCUGGGCUUUGCUGGACGGGGCAUGGACUGGGCCCAUGGGGCUCUGUUUGCCGCCAUGCUGGCACCCACAGACGCUGUCUCGGUGUCGGCCCUGCUGAAAGCCGCCAAUGGUCCGGAGCUGCUGGUGGUGCUGAUGGAGGGGGAGGCGCUCUUCAACGACGCGUCAGCCAUCACGCUGUACUCCAUCUUUGCUGAGGUGCUGGAGGAGUACCAGAACCAGCCCCUGCCCCCGGCCACGGCUCUCCUGGGCCACAUCGUGGUCAAGAUCCUCAAGCUCACCAGCAUAGGCCUGGCCAUCGGCCUGGCGUUCGGCUACUUCACCGGCUGGCUCAUGCGUCUGCUAAGGUGGCGCGGCAUUCCCGUGCCCCUGGAUGCCACAGUCAUCCUGGCCAUUGCCUACCUUUCCUUUUACGUUGGGCAGGGGCCCGCACAGUCCUCGGGAGUCAUUGCCGUGGCAGUCUUUGGUCUGUGGGGUGCUGCCACCUCCCUCUGGGGCAGGUUUGCACUGGAGGAGGAGGAAAAGGUGUGGUUUGCAGUCUGGGACAGUGUCUCCGCCGUCGCGAAUGGCGUGGUCUUCUUCUGGGCGGGGGUGGCCUCCCUCAACUUCCUUGUCAGGUCAUCCGAUUACCUGACCAGCCCCGGCUGGGUGUACGGCUCCAUACCCAUCAUCUUCCUCUUCAUGUUCCUGUUCCGCUUUGUCACCAUCCUGAUCUUCAACCCCCUCGUCCUGAAAGGCGGAACAUGGUUGAACCUGGGACAGGCAGUGUUUGUCAUGGCUGGGGGCCUCCGGGGGGCGCUAUCCUUGAUCCUGGUGGCGGACCUCAUCAUCACAUCAAACUUCCACUCAUCGGCUGUGGUUGCCUCUGAAAACGCGACCAUCGUGGUGUGGACAUCUGCAUUUGUCCUGCUCACCCUCCUGGUCAACGCUCCCUUGCUGGGACCGAUCAUGACCUGGUCUGGCAUUAAAAAAAUGUCAGCUGCCAGGAAGCAGCUGCGCCUGCAUGGUCUGAGUCUCCUGCAAAAGUUUACCGACAACAAGAUUGCGGCUCUGAGGACGGACCACAGCUUCAUUUCGCAAGGUGCCAACUGGGAGCAGGUGGCGGAGAUGACGAGCCACCUCGCAGCCAUGACAUCUUUCGAGAAGGCCAGCGGCGGCACAAGCACCAGUCUCCCAGCUUGGGAGGCAGCCAUGCAGACCCAUGGUUCCCUUGCAAAGCGGGAACAUGGAGCACCCGCACGCGCCGCGCUUGGCAGCGACGAGGCGAGCCAGCGCGGCCAGCUGCUGACUGGACUUCAGCGCUACUUCCAGCGCCAGCGUGCCGCGGGCCUGCUUUCUUCCCAGGGGCUGGAUGUGCUCAUCUUGGCCUGCGAGGUCGCGGAGCACCAUGUGGAUCUCCACCCCAGCGACCCGCUGACCCUCUGGUCCCUGGUGGACCAGGAUGUGAGCGGCGGGUGGGGCACCCGGGCGCAGGCCGUCAUACUGCGCAAGCUCCUGGUGCUGCCGCAGCGGCUGCCGCGCGCUGGGCAGCGCUGCGCCGCCUUCGUUUUCUUGCCUUUCACCGCCCUGCUACAAGCAUCCCUGAGCCGGCAGAUGGUCACCGCCUGUGAGGCUGCCCUGGAGAUGUCGCAGGGCCUCCUGCGGGAACUCAGGGGGAUCUUUCUGGAGGCCGAGGAGGCUGAGCUUGGAGGGGCCGUGGAUGGUGCCAUCCGAAGGCUGGACGCCACAGACCACACGAGGACGCAGGGCGCGAUCUGGAGCAGCGCCGACUCGGCUGCUGCCCCUGCGCUGCAUGUGGUGGCCUCGGGCGUGGUGACCGCCACCAUUGCGCACGCCGGCGGGUGGGAGGCGGAGGCCCACCAGGGCGUCGGCUUCGUGUACGGCGCCCUGGACCUUAUCAUGGGCGGCGCCACCUCGCCCUGGCGCCGCAGCGUCGCCCCUCACGUGAAUGCGCUGGGGCAGGGCCCGCAGGUGUACACGUUCCCCGCGGCUUCCCUGGCCGCCCUGCCGCCCGCGUGCCAGGACGACCUGCUGAUCCAGGCCGCCGCCGAGGUGUUGGAGGGGACAGAGAAGGACCUCAACAGGGACACCAGCACGGUCAUCCUCUGGUUCAAGGGCGGCGCCUCGCUGCCCGGCCCCGGCCUGCCGCGCCUGCAGAGCAUGGUACAACACGAGAUCCAGAUGCACCUCUCCCCGGGGGAGAGCCACGUGCUGCGCCUGGAGCCGGGCGCGGAGUGGGCGCAGGCGUCCCACGCCGUCCUGCUGAGGGGCUCCCUGGUGCCCCAGGCGCAGGCCGAGGCCACGUGCGUGCCGCCGGCCGUGCUCCCUUUCCUCCCGGCGCUGAGGCCGCGGAAGGACGCCGCGCCCCAGCCACAGCGCUGGCGGGCGGGGCCGGAGGGCGCCGUGCUGGUGCACCUGGGCUAG